CGCUUAACGCUCCACUGGAACAGGAGACCUGCCACAUUACGCACGGGGAGUUCACCAAGUACGCCUGUACCGCGAGUAGACGGGAGGACAGAGAACUUUGAGAACAAAGCUAACGAUUUUAUGUUUUUGUUCUACGUAAAGGAAGAGUUUGUUACUCCAUCCCUGUAUACAGAGUGAAGUUUUGGGACAUUUUGAUAUAUUUUUCUCUGUAGCAUGUGGUUCUUUUGAGAUUAUUAUAAAGACUGUGUUUGAGGAGAUUAAAAGGUUAUUCAGAGUGAGAGCAGACACGUUCCCGGACUUGCUCUCCAAAGACUGCUCGGAAACCCCUGACCCUUCGUGAGAUGCCCACAAGUCGCCUGGCAUUUGACCCGAUAACCAUGGACGCCCGAGUGCAGGCCAAUCCGAACCUCAACUUCGGGGUCAACAGGGGUCACGAUGGCGCUAAUAGAAACUCCCGCAGUAGACCAUGUGAGGAUAAGUCGCUGCAGUUCCUAAGCCAGGAGGAGCAGGACUGUAUCCUGUUCUUUGAGGAGACCAUCGACUCCCUGCUGACUACCCCAGCAGUAGCUGAGCUUGAUGGACCAAGACCCCCCACCCUGGCAUCCGCCCCCAGCCCUGUACCACCCCUUUCAGCCUUGGACAGACCCACCAGCCCCAAGGACCAGGACAUCAUAGACCUGGUUCGCCCAGCACAGCCUGAUCUGGUCCAGCCCAUACAGGCACCGUUCAACCCCCCCAUGCCAGGCACAGCACAGUCCACUCCUCGCUCCACCCUGAACAAUUUCACCCAGAAUAUGGUGAUGAACAACCCUGAGAGGCAUAUUGAGAACAAGCCGAGGCGCGAGGCGAUGGAAAACUUCCCUACAGAGUACAACCUGCCACACCCUGGCAAGGACAGCGCCCCCUAUGGCCACGCCCUGUACCAUCCUGUAGGCUCCGUCCCCACCCCCGUCCUCAUCGCCCAGAAGAUCGCCGAGCACCAGGGGAGCGGGGGGAACACCAACAUCCUCUCUUCCUCCCUCCUGUCCAACCCCCGUAGGAGCCUCGACUUAGAGAACAUAGAGAGACCACCUACCUCCCCGGAUUAUCCAAUCAAACAGGGCCCGACCACCUCAGCCAAGCCCACCCGUUACCCCGGCAACAUCAGCAUGAUAAUGGGCAGCAACCAGCACCACAGCCAUUCGCUGGCCAGUGUGAACCUCCAGGACAGAAAGUCUCAGAUGCUGGCUAACCUAUCAGGGACGUCCCACCCUGUGGAGGCGGAGGAGCUCCAUGGGCUGCAGAAGGUCCAGGUAAACCUUCCCACCCGCAGUGAGUCCUUCAGGGAUCCCACUCCAAAUAAGUCCCGGAUGGAGGCAUUGUCCAAACUGGGCUUGACCCGAAACCGCUCCCCGUCAGGGGAUCUCUCUCUCCUAAUCACCCCCAACAGCAGCACAAACACCAAACCCGCUGCUGCCCCGAUUCCGGUUGCCACCCCUACACCCGUUCCUACUAAUACCCCUACACGGACACCCGUGAGUAAACCAGUCGUGGCCAGACAGGCAAGCCCCUUGCCACCAUCAACAGUCAACACCAGCUCUCACUCUAGUAUCCAUGACAACAAGCCUGCUUCUCCCCCGCCCGAAGUCUCAUCCAAGGACUUUAACAGCUACGGCGGGAAGACCAUCGUGGUGAACCCCUCUAAGGCUGCUGCUGCUGCUCCCUCCACAGGUGGCCAUGGCAAUAAGGCCCACCCAGUGACCUCUCACAGUGACUUCAACCCUUACGGGGGUAAGACUAAGGUAAUGACACCUGCUCCUGUUACCACAACCAGGGCUGACCCACCACAACCAGACAUCCAGAGCAGGGCCAUGCCUCCCCCAGCCUUCACCCCAGCCAGAGAGAUGCCUCCCACAGUCUCCACCUCCACCCCAGCCAGAGUGAUGCCUCCCCCAGCCUUCAACUCCACCCCAGCCAAAAGGAUGCCUCCACCAGCCUCCACCUCCAUCCCAACCAAAGUAGAAACCAUGCCCUACGAGGCCAACAGCUACAGGGGGAAGACCAGAAUGGUCAGCCCAUCCCACACCACCCCCUCCCCCUUUACCACCCCUGACAUCCUCGCACACACCUUAGUGAGGUCCCCCAGCAAAGCUUCAGCCCCAGUGCCUUCUUCAGCCCCCAGACCUUUCCGCUACAGCACUCCCCCUAGCUCCAACAGGGUGGUGGCGUCUCCCCCUUCUCCGGAGUCCCGGCGGAAGUCCAUCUCCAAGCCUUCAUUCCGACCCCAGGGGAUCACUGUGCAGUUCUCCGGACGGGGAGUGACGGAUGAGUCGCGCAGAGAAGCGCUCCGGAAACUGGGACUGCUGAAAGACACUUUCUAACUCUCGGAUCGCACCGCUGUCUUCCCUCUUUCUCUGUCUCCUCCUCUGCAUAACCUCCAUUCAGCUUCCAGGUGGACAGACAUAGCUAAGGCCUUUGGAGUUUUUCUGAAAGGGUGUGAGGCGUGGCAGGAGAGGAUAUCUACAUUACUGGGGAAUGAAACAGGAUCCGGGCUGAAACCUGCACACCCGGUUCUGAGCGCUGAAUGCUGACAAACGAGUCGGACACGUCACAUGGCCUGGUGACAAAUGAGCACACAUACGUUUUUCAAAUACACACACAUGUAUACACACACACUUGUCAAACACACAUACACGCACUCAACAAACACACACGUGCACAUGCACUCAUACCCACAAAUACAUACACCCAACAACUCCCACGGAGCUGUUAUAUGCAUCAAAGCGCUGUCUUUUUAUUGUGCUCUAUUUAACUGUAAUCCUACUCAGAGUUUUACAUUGCCACUGAUCCAAGACAUAUUGUACUUUAUAGUAUGCAUGUACCUCUAUUGUUCUCUCGGCCAAAACAGACAAAAAACAGACCUGUACAAAGGGGAAUGCAGACAGCUGAAUGUCUUUGGCAAUGGCAUUGACAGACCUUUUACUACAUUUGCCUCCUUCUGAUGUCACAUACUCAGCGACCAGUGAGAAUCAUUCCUUACAUGCUCUCACUCUCCAAAGAUGGAUUUAUAUACCCAAUAUAUUUACAUUUACUUUGUAUGACACUAUAUUCAUUACUGAUCAGUUUGAGGCUGGUACUGCUGGUACUGAUUUUAAGUGAACUUGAAUCAUUAUAAACUGACUGUGAAGUCACCUGAGAACUGAAGAGCCUCAUAACAUGUUAUUUUGUUUACCGAUUUGAGCAUGGUUGUUAUCCAGGAGGUUAUUAUGAGUGUGAUGUAUCUCACCGUGCAGCUGUUAUGAGCAUGAACAAUGACAUAGUUUGAAGCACUUUCCUGGCAGAAUAAGGUUGAAUUAACUUCACUCACUAAUCUUUUAGAAUGUAUCUAUAACCAUCCCACUCAUGCAUAUUGAUGAUAUUCUACUUUAUAGGUAUUUAUGCACCCGUUGAUUUCCACUGCUGCCUUAUGGUCUAUCAAAGACAGGUCACUCAGAAGGGGGUACAUUCCCCCAGGCAAGCACAAAGCUUAGAAACGUAACGAUUGAUUGACAUACCAAGCAAACUAAGCAGCAAUUAAAAUAGUUUACCUCAUACGCUCAGCUCUAAGGAUAUAACGUUAUUGGACGUUCUGAAGUGACCCCAUGUGUUUAACUCCUUAUAUGGCAUUUUUGUGAAUGUAAGUUACAGAAAAGAGCACAGGCUUGAGUUUCUAUGAAAGGAGUGAUAUGUAACUACAGCGCUGGCUAAAGGGUAUUUUUACUCCAUGGACGUGCCUCCCACACAAAACCACUUUAUGUGGUUGGCAAUGUAGACUUUUACUACUUUGAGGGAAAAAAACUUCACUUAGUGAGGUCGGGCAAGGGCUUGCAAUGUCCAAAACACAAACACUUAAGCCACAGAAUCCAGAAAUACUCACAAAGACAAUCCUUUCUUGUUUUGACCUUAUUUUAUUAAUGUAUGCUGAACUUGCAUUUGCAAUAUGUAAUUUAACUGUCAUCAUAACUGAUGCCUGUUGUUUCUCGCUGGACUGCAGAUAUAUUGGUACAUAACCCUGUGUGUGUGUUUGUGUGCGUGCGUGUGUGUGCGUCUGCGUGAAACAUGUUUGUCCAUUUUAAAGUUUUAUUUAAUGAAAAAAGUCAGACUCCGGUUUUGUAGUUAAUCUACAGUAACUCAUGAAGGAUCAUGUGUUACACCAUGCACACAUUAUUGUGGUUGUGUGAGUGAAACAUAUUUAACUAUUCAUAUCUCGACUCCGGUUUUGUGGUAAAUCUACAGUAACUCUUGAAGUAUCGAAUACACACACAGGGAAAUAUACCUGUAGUUUGCAGACCCAGAGAGAGAAACCAAAAAGCCUCACUAACAAAAUCUUUGACAUUCAAUUAAACAUUUACAAAUUGUCAACUAAAGUUGCUGCUAUGGUACAGCAGCGCCUUUAUAUUUUUUGCUCAGUCAUAUUGUACACAAAGUUUAAUGCACAUCUGUGUCACUUAAUAAAGAGAGUAAUAUACAUUACUUAUCCCAUCCAGAGAGUUUGUUAUUCUUCCCAGGGUAUUUACUAUGGAAUGUUAUGGUGAGUAGAAUCUCAGUUUAUAGUUUAAUGAUUGACCUUCCCUGGGAACUAAUUCACCAUGGUUUUAAUGGAACCGUAAACAGACACGCUUUCCAGGGCAUCAACUCACCUCAGCCUACACUCUAACCCCUCGUUCUAUUACUUUUUUGACUGUCCAUCCAUGAAGGUCAUGAUUCCAAAGAUCCUUUCUUCUACUAAGAUUAAAUAACUGGACAGUCAAAUUCCCAAGUCUUCCUCAAUAUUGUUUUUGCCUUUUCCCUUUUUCAGAUCUGACGGCAGAGGAAGAUGUAAGACUAUUGAGAUACUUUCUCUUACGUACAGAAUAUUUCCUGGAGAGCUGUAGCCCACUGUGUACUCUCUCUGCUAGGUGGACGGCCACUCCCAGUUUCACAUGGGUAUGCUCUCUACACUGCAGAGUCAGACCACUUUACCCAGCCCCAACAGAGAGCCUUUCUUUCCCUCUGUGGGGAAUGGGUCUAAGUGUGUAUCUGAGUGUGUGUGACCAAGAAGAUCUGGGGCAUUGGCUUCUUCGGGAGUGUGAGCGAGAGCAAUUAAAGCUGUGGUUUGGUAAGGAGUGUGUGUGUGUGUGUGUGUGUUGAGGGGAGGUACGCAGGCAGGAAGUGAGGAAAUAAGCAUGUUUAGGGUCUGUAAUUAGAGCCAGCAGACAAACCCUUCAAGAGUGCCCUCUUUCUCUUACACACAGAUGCACUAAUACAGUCUUGCACUCCCUCCCAUACACACAUAGGUACAUCAAUGGAGGAGCUAUGGCUCCAAGCCAUAUAGGUGGGACACAGAUCAUGGACACAGUAAAGCAGUCGAGCCAGAGAAGUGAGUCACAAACUGACACUUUUACUGAAACACAGGCAGAAAUUGGCUUACAGAGCUGGUGCAUAAAGGCCCAUGCAGUAGAGUACAGAUUAUCUAUCUAUAGAUUCAACAGACAGAAUAAAUCAAACAGAAAUUAUCAUCACUGAGUAGGACUCAGGAGGCAAGAGCACAGAUAAGCAUGUUAUCCAUUUGUCAAAAACUACAAUACGGCCCACAAAUUCCAAAUGAACAUAAACUCUGUAUAUCACCC